CGCCACUGGAGCGCGUCUCGGAUGUUUUAGCGGGCUCCCUACUACUGCAGAGCAGUCAUCGCCAGUGCGCCCCAGAUGUGAUCGCUCCCUCUCCCUCUCUUGCCCUACACUAUCCGACUUGCAUACACGACAGAGUCACCUGUCUCCUCCGCCAUCUCACCGUAACAUUGCCUCUCUUUUUUCUCCCCAAGGAUGGCUCCUCACAGGGUCAUCCUUGUCCAGGAUAUCUUGCUCGAAAUCUUCGACCACCUCCUGUUACCACCGUCGACAAGCUUUGGCGACCAGAGAGAUCGUCCCGCCCUGUUCAACACGGCGUUGGCGUGCAAGCGGUUUUUGGAUCCUGCAUUGACAAUUUUGUGGCGGAGCAUAGAUGAUACCAUUCCCCUCUUGGCCCUCUUCUCGUCUUUACAGGCGGUACCCCUCCAAGAAAACGAGCGGCGGAGUUCAUACUCAUAUCAUGCCACAGCCUACAUGUUUACAGGCGACUUGCACGACUUCGAAUGGAGAAGAUUCCGAUUCUAUGCUGGUCGUGUCCGUGCGAUCACCAACGCAGGGCGGUUGAACAUCAGCCCGUCGGUCUUCCGUGAGCUCCUUCGUGUGAAUGGUGACCGUCCAUGGAUUCCUACGCUGGAGGAGUUUCGCGGUAACAUCCCACUCGUGCACGCAACACCCAACCACUAUGACAUCGACGAUACGGAACUGCUGUCGGUUGUAUCCCCCUCCCUCCGCCGUCUCGAUAUCAGGCUGCACGACACUACCGGACGGCUGCAGCCUCCCUUCCCCGUCGACGAUGUCCCACAAAUUCUCCUAGAGAAGCUAGGCCCGAGACUCCCGCGUCUCGAGAAAGUGCGCAUACUCUGCCAGGGUAUCGGCCCGCAUCUUCCUACGUCCCGCGUGCUGUCUUUCGCGUCGAUGUCUGCCUUCACGGGGCUCACUACGGUCGAUGUUCUGCGGUGUCGGUCAUCAUGCACUCCGGACCUCCUCCAUCACCUCGCAAGCCUGCACACCCUGGUCAAUCUUUCCGCUGAGAUCGGCGCGAACGAUGGAAGCGCCGCGGAUGCGGUCCACGGGUUCCGCUCGCUCCGCAGGCUACACGUCAAGGGACGUGUAGACAGACUCCUCGAGCUCAUUGCGACCGUCGAGUCGCCUCACCUCCGUGCUAUCCGCGUGCAACAGGUGCAAGACGACGUCGGCCCAGACUUCGAGGAAGCAUGGUGUGGAAUGAUCGACACGAUCGCCUCUCGCUUCGACGGCUCCUUGCGCGAGGUCAAUUUCGCGACCGCGUUCCAGUUCGGCGAAUCGAUGCAGUAUGGCCACAGCGAGAUGCGGCUUCUGCGCGUCGUGCGGUCGUUGCUCGCGCUGCGAGACCUCGAGAGCGUCAUGUUCUCCUGGCACAUCGAGCGCACGCGUAUCGACAUGCGCGACGAGGACGUGCUCGAGCUAGCUAGCGCGUGGCGAAAGCUCAAGACGCUCGAGCUGCACUUCGAGAACAGCUGGCAGCUCCCGGUGGAGACACUCAUUCACUGGGCGCAGCUGUGUCCAAAUCUCACCCGCCUUAUCCUGCCUAACCUCAUGGACCGCGAACAUUCGACCAUCGAGUCGUUCCCGGCGACGUCGCAUGCGCUGCGCUACAUCCACUUCGGGCACGCUCCCCGUCCAGAACGCACAGCGAGGAUACUCGAUAGGCUGUUUCCCAACCUGGACACGACACAUAAUCAACCGGAUGGAAGAUUACUUGGAUGGACGCAGGUUCUGCAAUUUCUUGCGCAGUUUCAGCAGGAGCGAAGGGCUGCCGGCUCGUCUUAGACCGCGGAAUCAUGCCGCCUCUACCGGAAUGGCGAAUAUCGGCCUUGAUCUCAAUCCCCUGAGUUCUUGAUGCUCCUUGCAGUUACAUCAUUACUUCCCCGUUCCAUAUGCCCCUCGUUAAUUUUCUUGAUUAAACGAUGUCGUUGCCAUCUAAACCCGCAAUGAAGAGUUAUGAUUAGACUUACGUUCGGUGCAGUCAUGCCGACAGCUACAGCUUCUCCGGAGCUAACUUCUUCAGGUUCUCAAUACCUCCCUCUUCCAGUCGCAUACCCAUCCACUCCGACAUAGCCGUCGCGCUCAGUUUCUUCUCGUAAAAGUCAAUUGAAGGUUGGUUCCA